AUGCGAGAGCCAAUGGCUUCUCCGGGCGCCUCUGCGGCGCGCUCCGAUUGGCUGGCCGCGCCUCCGCCGCCUUAUAUAGCUGUGCGCUCGGCGCCGCAGCCGGCGCUUGGUGCAGAGGCAGGCGGCGGGGCUGCGGGGCCGCACAGCGCCACACGCCCGCCCGCUCGGAGCGCCGUCCCGCGCCUGCCCUCCGGUGCCAGGAUGGACUCCGAAGCGUUCGGCUGGCGGCGGCCCUGGGAGGAGCCCCGCGGCGGGGGGCGCCCCCUCCGGGCCGCCGCCGCCUCCUCCUCGCCGGCCGGGCCGCGGCGCUCCGUCCUGGCGCCCGCCUUGUGGCCGGGGCCGGCGGGCGACCCCCUGGAGCGCCUGGACCUGGCCCAGGCCAGCAGCCUGAACGCCGAGCUGCUGGGCCUGCGCGCCCAGGAGAAGGAGCAGCUGGCGGCGCUCAACGACCGCUUCGCCACCUACGUGGAGCGGGUGCGGGACCUGGAGCGCCGCCACGGGGCGCUGCUGCUGGAGCUGGAGGCGCUGCGGAGGCAGGAGCGCGGCCCGGCGCGCCUGCCCCAGCUCUACCGGCAGGAGGCGCGCGGCCUGCGGGCCCUGCUGGAGGCCGAGCGGGGCGACAAGGCGCGCCUGGAGGCCGAGCGCGAGCGCCUGCGCCAGGCCUGCGGGCAGCUGCGGGAGCGCUGCGCGCAGGAGGCGCGCCGCCGCCUGGAGGCCGAGGAGAGCCUGCGCCGCGUGCGCGGGGAGGCCGCCCGCGCCGCCCUGGCCGCCUGCCGCGCCGACGGGGCGGCCGGCUCGCUGGGCGCCGAGCUGGCCUUCCUGCAGCGGCUGCUGGCCGAGGAGCGGGCCCAGCUGGCGGCCCAAGCCGAGCUGGCGGCGGCGGCGCGGGCGGCGGCGACGGAGGGCGGCCCGGCGGCCAAGCCGGACCUGGCGGCGGCCCUGCGCGACAUCCGCGCCCAGUACGAGCGCCUGGCCGCCAAGAAUAUGCAGGCCGCCGAGGAGUGGUACCGCUCCAAGUUCGCCUCGGUGGCCGAGCUGGCCAGCCGCAACCAGGAGGCCGCGCGCAGCGUCCGCCAGGAGACGGGGGAGUACCGGCGCCUGCUGCAGUCGCGCUCGGCCGAGAUCGAGGCCCUCCGCGGCGCCGUCGACUCUCUGCACAAGCAGCUGGAGAGCCUGGAGGGCGAGCAGAGCGCCGAGGUGGCCCGCUGCCAGGAAAGAGUGGCAGAACUGGAACAAGAGAUCUCGGAGGCCAAGGAGGAGAUGGCCCGGUACCUGCGAGAGUACCAGGAGCUGCUGAAUGUCAAGAUGGCACUGGACAUCGAGAUCGCUGCAUACAGGAAGCUGCUGGAGGGGGAGGAGAUGUGGUGGAGUUCUUCUUCGCAGAUGAUGCUGAAGUGAUGGGGGGGGGGAGCUGAACUCCCUGCCUUCACUGUCACCCUUUCCACGCUCACCUUCCCUCACCCUCCUCUGCCCAGCA